UUCCGUUUCCGGUAGGCGGCGCAGGAAGAGGCGGGACCUCAGUUUAACACGCUCGUCCUCCGUUGUUCAUUCAACAUGGCAGCGGGACCAAUCUCAGAAAGAAACCAAGACGCCACUGUUUAUGUGGGCGGCUUGGACGAGAAAGUAUCGGAGCCGUUACUAUGGGAGCUUUUCCUGCAGGCUGGUCCUGUGGUCAACACACACAUGCCCAAAGACAGAGUCACAGGCCAACAUCAGGGCUAUGGCUUUGUGGAGUUCCUCAGUGAAGAGGAUGCUGACUAUGCCAUCAAAAUUAUGAAUAUGAUAAAGCUCUAUGGCAAACCAAUUCGAGUUAAUAAGGCAUCGGCGCACAACAAAAACUUGGAUGUGGGAGCAAACAUCUUCAUUGGCAACCUGGAUCCAGAGAUUGACGAGAAACUGCUCUACGACACAUUCAGUGCCUUUGGCGUGAUCCUCCAGACGCCAAAGAUCAUGCGAGACCCAGACACUGGCAACUCCAAGGGUUAUGCUUUCAUCAAUUUCGCCAGCUUUGACGCAUCAGAUGCCGCCAUUGAGGCAAUGAAUGGCCAGUACCUGUGCAACAGGCCCAUCACUGUGUCCUACGCCUUCAAGAAGGAUUCGAAAGGAGAGCGACACGGCUCGGCUGCAGAGCGACUCCUGGCUGCACAGAACCCUCUCUCCCAGGCAGACAGGCCUCACCAGCUGUUCGCAGACGCUCCCCCGCCACUGACCGCUCCGACACCGGUCCUGACCUCAAUGGGAGCUGGGAUGUCCAUGCAAGGCAUGCCACCCCCUGGGUCUUUCCCUCCUGUUCCACCUCCGGGAUCGAUGCCUCCAUCAAUGCCCCCGUCUAUGUCCAUGUCUCUAAACGCAGGGGGCCAACAGGGUGGUGGCGGUGGACCUCCACCCGGACCACCACCCUUCCCUCCAGGCAGCAUGCAUCCAGGUAUGCCUCAGAUGCCCAUGCCUCCUCCCGCUCCUCCUGGCAUGGUGCCUCCUGCUCCUCCAGGAUCAAACCAACGGGCACCGCUCCCCCCUGGCAUGCCACCUCCCCCGCCUAUGGGCAUGCCACCAAGAGCUCCAUAUGGACCUCCCAUGGGUAUGAGAGGUCCUCCUCCCAUGCCUCCACCCGGCUACGGAGCCGGUCCUCCACGUCCACCUCCGUUUGGCUUCCAGAGAGGACCCCCGAUGCCACCAAGACCCCCUGGUGUCCCACCACGCAUUCCUAUGAGAGCACCCAUGCCACCCUAGUCCUCCGCCGGCGGCAGAAAAAGGAGUCUCUUUUUGCUUUUUUAUUUUUAACAUCUUCAGAUCUACUCAAAUUUGUUAUCGCCAGAAUAAUUUAACCACCUGUUUGUAUUUCUUUGGUCGUUGUACAGAUGAAAGACCUUUUGGUGAAUAAAGUUUUUAGUACAA